AUGGCUGCGCCCAGCCCGCCCGGGGUUCCGCGGCUGCUGCCGCUGCUGCUCCUCGGUCUGGCCGCCGCCGCUGCCGCCGGAGCGCUGGACCCGGUGUGCGGCGGCGGCUGCUGCGCGGGCCCCGUGCGGAACGGCUCGGCGGUGGCGGCCCUUUGCGGCUCUCGGGCGGGCGCGGUGCUGCGGGGCCGGUGCUGCUUGGAAGGGCAGCCGGAGCAGGAGGCCGUUGUGGGGUUGGAUCUGGGGAACUGUUCACUGCACAGGCUCUGUUCCAGCUUCCAGGAGGCCAGCACUGCUUUUGUCAUCGACCUUACUGGCAAUCCGUUGGAGCGUCUCCCUGAAGACGCCUUCCGGGGAUUCACCCUGCUGCAGACCCUAGCUUUGCCACAGACGCUGGACUGCCCUGGAGGCAGCGAGGGCUGGGACAACGUCACCCUCCAAGGGAGCAGCAGCCGCAUCUGCCAAGGCCAGAGGAACCCCUGCAAUGGCUCAGGGGGGCUUGGACGGCUGUGCCCAGAGGACUCGGUCUGUGUCCCUGACGGGCCUGGCUUGCCCCAGUGCCUCUGCAUAGGGCCCUUCCAUGGCUACAAGUGCUUGCGCCAGGGCACCUUCCCCUCCCUGCUCUUCUUUGGGACUUUGGGAGCGGUCACCACGACCCUCUCCAUCCUGCUCUGGGCCACCCAGCGGCGCAAGGCCAAGCGUUCUUAGUGGGGGCCCCUUCCUCCUGGCCUGGCCACAACGCUGCGCCGAGGACACGGAGCCGGUCCUUCUCCCGCCUGUGGCUCCAGCCGUGACAGCUGCCCCUCCCUCUUCUGGGUCUGUGGCCUCAAAUGGGCUUCUGAGCUCCAUGCUGUCUGGAGGGCAGCCAUGCUUGGACUGGGACUUUCCUGAGCUGCCCCACAGUUUCCUUUCCAUGCUCACCAGGGCAGCUCCUGCACCUAUUUUACAUGUACAUAUUUUCCACCCCAGCAGAGCACAGUCAGAGGGCAGGGGUGCACUCGGCUGGAAGGGGGCGGGGUUGUGUGUGUCACUUUCUUCUUCCCUGUUGGACGUAAACCCUUUGGAUUGUGUGUGACGUUAUCACAAGUGAUCACUGCUGAACUGGCCUGCGUUGAGGUGUGAAGAGGAGCACUCCCUGCCGGGGCCACUGACUCCUCGGGCACGAUCCAAGGGGCUUUGAGCUGCAGCUGGAAGCAGCAGCGGCCCUCCAGAGGGCCUUGGGGACUGCCUUCCUCUGGUGUUCAGGGUCCCUCCACCCCUUUCCAACUGAGGCUUCGCUUGCUGUGGGGUACUCACAAGCGGUUGAACUGAGGACCCACCAGACGUCUUACCCCUCUGCAGCAACAGCAGCCCUUGCAGCCUCAAAGAGCCUUACGGGGUAUAUUGCAUUUCGUUAUGUUUUAAACACGUUAUUGUAAAUUGUUGAAUGUACAAAGGAGCAGGAAAUAGCCAAGAGAUGAUUAAAGAAACUGCAACAGAACAACUUAAAAAGUAAUAAAAUGUACUUUGAUUUCCAAUUA